CUCUGUUUUUUCUCUCUUUAUUCUUCUUUUCUCAUUGAAAAAAUACAACCCCAUAAAAAGAAAAAAAAAGUGUUAUGGAAAAUCAUCAAUUCAUUUACCCAAUUUUUAUCUCUUUUAUCACUGCCCUUGCCCUUGUUUCCAUCUCUCUAUGCAUAGCUGCUGAAUUCAAGAAAACAAAGAAGGAAGAUCUGAGGUUUGAUGGGAAAUUGUGUUACUUGCCAAAAAGUGUAGCUUUUGAAUUGGGUAUUGGAGCUUUAAUUUGUUUAAUUAUGGGUCAAGUGAUUGGAAAUUUGUUGAUUUGUAUAAAUGUCUUCUCAAGGGAUCAUCAAAACAAUUCAAAGACUAGCAAGAAACCUACCAUUACUGGCCUCAUUUGUUUUAUCUCAUGGUUGAGCUUUGUGAUGGCAAUAAUUUUGAUAGGAACUAGCAUUAGCAUGAGCAAAACCCAACCACUUGGUGAAGGGUGGCUAGAUGGUGAAUGUUACAUAGUCAAUAAUGGUGUCUAUAUUAUUUCAGCUAUUUUGGUAUUUAUAACUUUGAGCACAACACUUGGUCCCCUUAUCUUCAAAAUAAGAAAGAAGGACCAAGUACAAACAAGCUGGCAAAAUACCUCUACAACAAGUUGAAUAUAUAGAAGAAAAAA